AUGGUUGGUGACGCUCAGCUGGCGAAUGCUGGCAAGCCAAUAAUCAAGUCGUUGUACAACGAACACCCCGACGUCACCGCGUUCACAGCUGAGCGUGUAGCCGAGGUGCGCUCUGAGCGGCGCAUCACUAUUGAGGGCUUUGGUCCGGAGGACGACUUUGAGGCGGGCGGCCCUACGGACAUAAAGCCGGUGCUCGCGUUCGAGCACACGGGGCUCCCGUCGGACAUGCUUCACGCCACACGGAACUUCGUGUCGCCCAGCCCUAUCCAGGCUCAGUGCUGGCCCAUCAUCCUGGCGGGACGGGACCUGAUUGGUAUCGCAGCCACGGGCAGCGGCAAGACGCUCGGUUUUGGACUCCCCAUGCUCCGGCACAUCGCCGCCCAGCGCGACAACGGUGUGGUGUCCGGUAAGGGCCCGUUUGCCAUCGUGAUGGCGCCUACCCGGGAGCUGGCCUUGCAAAUCAACCAGGUCUUGGAGGAAGCUGGGAGCCAGUGCAGCGUGCGGACCGUCUGCGUUUAUGGCGGUGUUCCCAAGGGACCCCAGGUGGCCGCGCUCAAAAGCGGUGUGGAAGUUGUGGUGGGCACUCCCGGCCGCAUGGAGGACCUGCUCAACGACGGGGUGCUGCAGCUCAAGAAGGUCACAUACGCCGUCCUUGACGAGGCGGAUCGUAUGCUCGAUUUGGGCUUCGAGCCGCACAUCCGUGCAAUCAUGGGGCUUACUCGGGCCGACCGGCAGACGCUUAUGUUCAGCGCAACGUGGCCUGCGGCGGUGCAGAAACUGGCCAUUGCGUUCUUGUCACAUCCCGUGAAGGUCACCAUUGGAAGCCAGGACCUUGCUGCCAGUCAUUCGAUCACUCAGCGGGUGGAUGUCAUUGAUCCGAAUGCGCGUGACGGCAGGCUGCUUGAGCUACUUCAGCAGUACCACGGCGCGAAGGGUCGCAAGAACCGUGUCAUCAUUUUUGUGCUCUACAAGAAGGAGGCUCCGCGCGUUGAGCAACUGCUCAGCCGCAAAGGCUGGAAGGCUGUUGCCAUUCACGGCGACAUUAGCCAGCAGCAGCGGACGGACGCUGUGGAUAAGUUCAAGUCGGGGGUCGUGCCUUUGCUUAUUGCGACGGAUGUGGCUGCGCGCGGCUUGGACAUCCCGGACGUUGAGGUCGUUAUCAAUUACUCCUUCCCACUUACCACAGAGGACUACGUGCAUCGCAUAGGUCGCACAGGCCGAGCGGGGAAGACUGGUAUCGCCCACACUUUCUUCUGCGCUGGACCAGACAAGCCCCGGGCAGGCGAGCUUAUAAACGUGCUACGGGAGGCGGGGCAAGAGGUCCCGGCUGAACUCCUCAAGUUUGGGACGGCGGUCAAGAAGAAGGAGUCAAAGAUGUAUGGCGCACACUUCCGUGAUGUCGACGUGCACGCGAAAGCAAGCAAAGUCACUUUCGAUGAUGACUAAUGACAUACAAAGGCCGAUCGGCUCGGCAGACUCAGUUGUGUUCAGGAUUGGGCAACUCUUGUGAUCUUGAUUCCAAUUUCCAUUUGCUUAGAUGGCGGUACAGCGAUUUGGAGGUUAUUAAUAGAUUCCUGCCCCGGUUGGCAAAACGGUGUUUUGACAACGCAAGUUUUGCUACGAGUUAGCCUGAAAGAUGGCUAGAAGUACACGGUAUGAAACGGGCAGCCACAACUUUCAGGGGGGAGAAUGCCCGGCGGAUUACUGUGGUGUAACAAGGCUGAUGCGCAAUAUGCGCCAUAUGCGACGGGGAUACAAUGUCGCGUGCACCGUUGCGCUUUGAAUGCCGACUGCCCGUC